AUAUAUAAGAGAAACACAAAGCAAACAUAAUUUUUCAUCCAUAAGUGGAAAAUGAGGAACAUUACUAAAAACCAGACCAUGUUACUGCUUGUUGUUACACUUUUAGUGGUGAUUGCGUACCAAGAGGGAGAAGCCAUACAAUGUUCACAGAUAACCAUGUACUUAGCACCAUGUUUGUCUUAUGUAAAAGGUGGAGGAAACCCGCCUCCUCCGUGUUGCGCCGGGCUUAAUAAUCUAAAAGCCUCAGCGCCGGGGAAACCCGAUAAACAAGCAGCUUGUCAAUGCUUGAAGAGUGUAGCUAAUGCUAUAUCCGGAUUCAACGAUGACAAUGCCAAACAACUCCCUGGUAAAUGCGGUGUUAGUGUGGGGGUCCCUUUCUCUAAGAGCGUGGACUGUAACAGCAUAAACUGAAAAGAAGGACUACCAACGGCCAUGCAGCAAUAAUAUAAAGUGUGGAAUUCAACGGCCAUAUCCUGAAAGAGCAAAAAGCAUUAUAACAAAACUGUUUGGAUACUUUAUACAUGUAAUCAUAUAAAUAAACUGUGGAAUUCAUACAUGCUAGACAA